UGUGAAUUGGAAUCGUCUACACCGCUUCCGUUGACGGUGACUGGGGGAAGGGCAGAUGUUUUCCUAAAUAUUCGGAAGUGAGUGUCAUUCUUAAUUGACGUUUGACUUGAGACUUUCAGCCCCUACAGAGGCAGUUUAGUAAAUUCGUUAAUUUAAUGUAGAUGCAUUAUGCAGUUAUGUUACAAUACGCGAAGUUGACUGGUCGUAGUGACGUACAGGAUGAGCUAAUAACGUAGGCCUAUGUGCAGACCGCUGUCUAGCUUGGUUUUCCAGAAUACCCUUAUGCUGCGAACUUGAUUAAUGAUGUGGUCUGACUAGCAAAUCAACUAAAAGUGAAAUUCUUGUUAUAAUGUGGCAAUAAAUCCGCAUCUUCCCCAGUGUGUGCUUGGUGUAAGCAUGGCUGGCACAAAGAAUACCGCUCAUGUGGUACAGCUGAAGCCUGUGGAGGUACCCAAGUGUAUGCAGGAUGGGGAGAAGUUCAUCAAGUGGGAUGAGGAUUCAGGAGUUGGAACUCCUGUUACUCUACGAGUUGACAAAAAUGGCUUUUAUCUGUAUUGGGUGGAUCAAAACAAGGAAAUGGAUAUGCUGGACAUAGCCACCAUACGAGAUACAAGAACAGGGAGAUAUGCAAAGAUUCCGAAAGACCCCAAAUUACGGCAGAUAGUAACAAUGGGCUCACAAGAUACACUGGAAGAGAAAACUGUUACUGUCUGCUUUGGUUCUGACUUUGUCAACAUUAUGUUUAUCAAUUUCUGUUGUACAAAAAAGGAAAUUGCACAACUGUGGACAGAUGAGCUCUUGAAAAUGGCAUACAGCAUACUACAGCUGAACAGUUCUGCUAUAAUGUUCCUGAACAAAGCACACACUAAAUUGACGUUAAUGACUGACAAAUCUGGCAAGAUUCCAAUCAAAAAUGUGGUGAAGAUGUUUGCUCAGAACAGGGAAGAUCGAAAACGGGUUGAGAAAGCUCUAGAUAUAUCUGGAUUACCUUCAGGCAAAAAUGAUGCAUUAAGUCUUCAGAAAUUUCAGUUUGAAGAUUUCUUCAACUUCUACAAAAGCCUUACGCAUAGGGUUGAAGUUGAGAAAAUUUUUGAGGAAUUGUGUGGUGGCACUUCCAAGCGAAGAUUAAUGACAGCAGCUCAGUUAGUAGAAUUUCUGAACAAAACACAGCGAGAUCCCCGACUAAAUGAAAUUUUGUAUCCGUAUGCCAACACCUCUAGGGCCAAGGAUCUAAUUCAGCAGUAUGAGCCCAACAAGUACAAUGCACAACGAGGCCAGCUUAGUUUUGAUGGCUUUCUGAGGUAUCUGAUGAGCGAAGACAACCCUAUUGUUGCACCUUCGAAGCUUGACCUUUCAGAUGAUAUGGACCAGCCGUUACCACAUUAUUUCAUCAAUUCUUCACAUAAUACUUAUUUGACUGGUCAUCAGCUGACAGGUAAAUCAUCAGUGGAAAUAUACAGACAAUGUCUUCUUGCUGGCUGUCGUUGUGUAGAAUUGGACUUCUGGAAUGGGCGGACGGAAGAACCAGUCAUUGUUCAUGGUUAUACCCUGGUACCUGAUAUUUCUGCAAAGGAAGUGAUAGAAGCAAUUGCAGAGUCUGCAUUCAAGACUUCAGAUUACCCUGUGGUUCUUUCUUUUGAGAAUCAUUGCAACCCCCGGCAGCAAGCUAAGAUAGCACAAUAUUGUCGAGAAAUUUUCGGAGAAAAGUUACUGGAUGUUCCAUUAGAGUCGCAUAAAUUGGAACCUGGAACACUUCUUCCACCACCAUCACUUUUGACACGGAAAAUAAUCAUAAAAAAUAAGAAAAAACACCACCACCACCAUCACCAUCACAAGGGCACCAGUCAAAGUAAUUCCCAGUCGUCACUACAGCAGGACCUGAUUGGGUCUUCAGGGGGUGCUAGCGAGGCAGUACAGGGAAAUGGUGACAUCCCACAUCACCCUCCACUCCAAGUUCGUCAAAGUAGCAAGGAGAGUACGCACGAGGAGGAUGAGAAUGAUGAAGAGGAAGAAAGCAGUAGCGCUGAAGAAGCUGAAGAGGAUAAUCCUAUUGAGAUGAAGUUGCGGCUUCAAGAGAAGCCAUCAUCAGACAAAGUUUCAGCUGCCAAGGAAUCUGAGGCUGGGGCUGAGAUCUCAGCGCUUGUAAAUUAUGUACAACCUGUUCAUUUUUCAUCUUUCGAAAAUUCUGAAAAGAAGAACCGUUGUUAUGAAAUGUCAUCUUUUGAUGAAAGGCAAGCGACAAUGUUAUUAAAGGAGCGGCCUAUUGAGUUUGUCAAUUAUAACAAACACCAGCUGAGUCGAGUUUAUCCUGCUGGUACACGUUUUGACUCCAGCAACUUUAUGCCCCAAGUAUUCUGGAAUGCUGGCUGUCAGCUGGUUGCACUUAACUAUCAAACUCUAGACCUUGCAAUGCAGCUGAACUUAGGUAUGUUUGAAUACAAUCAUCGGUGCGGAUUUCUGCUGAAACCAGAAUUCAUGCGUCGGAGGGACCGACGUUUGGAUCCAUUUGCAGAAUCUACUGUUGAUGGUAUCAUCGCAGGGACAGUGCAAGUGACUGUUAUUUCUGGUCAGUUCCUUACUGACAAACGUGUAGGAACUUACGUAGAGGUGGAUAUGUAUGGAUUACCUGCAGAUACAGUCCGUAAGAAGUUCCGUACACGCAUUGUACCUGCCAGUGGCAUCAACCCCACCUAUGAUGAAGAGCCAUUUGUGUUUAAGAAGGUUGUGUUACCAGAACUUGCUAGUAUUAGGCUGGCAGCUUACGAAGAUUCGGGUCGUUUCAUUGGUCAUCGAGUUCUGCCUGUAGUUGGUCUCUGCCCAGGUUAUCGACAUGUAACCCUCAGGACAGAGGCUGGACAACCUCUUCCAUUAGCCACACUGUUCCUUUUAAUUGUUGUGAAGGAUUAUGUUCCUGAUGGUCUUUCAGACUUUGCAGAAGCCCUUGCUAAUCCUAUCAAGUACCAGUCAGAACUUGAGAAAAGAGCUCAACAGUUGGCUGUACUCACAGAAGACAUGGAUGUGAUUGAGGAAAAUGUAGGUAAACUUGCAGCACCAGAAAUGAUGCGUCCUUACCCAUCUCCGAGACCUUCCAUUGUAGGCGGCUUGGAAAGCCCGAUUACUGAGAAUCCAUCAGAGUCAGAUACGGGAUCUGUUGUGGUACCACCAGAAACUGCAACACAGAAUGAACAGCCUACUAGCCCCCCAGGGCCUCCUUCUGUACUUAAGUCUGCUACAAAAUCUAAUGAAGCCAUUCUUUUGCCAACAUCUGUUACAGGGAGCGAAGAUCUUGUGGCAGAGCCGUUGGAGAAAUUUAUGGAAAGCAAAGCAGUAAAGGAAAAAUUACAAGAACUGGAAAAGAAGCUGGAAACCCUGAAGAAGAAACAUGAAAAGGAAAAGAACAGGGUUCAGACACAUGGCAAGACUUCGUCACAUUAUGAUAAUGAUAGAAAGAAAAAGUUCUAUGGUCACAUGCUUGUGAAGAGGCUCUCCAAUAAGAAUAUAGAUGUUGGCAUGGGAACAGUUCAGCCCGACACUUCAGAAUGCUCUGAAUGUGAGAGUGAUGCGUCAAAAGCUACAGGCCUGCCUCGUAGUCAGUCAGAACGUUUACUGUCCCUCUGCAAGGAUUACAUCAACAGUGAGAGAGAACUAAGGGAGAAAUACCACGCACUGAUAUUCCAGACAGUUGAGAAACUAAUGAAAACAUCUCAGUGCAACCAGUUGAAGCUGUUGAGUGCCCUGUCAGAGCGGGAGACAGCAGAUAUGAUGCGUAGGCUUGAAGCAGCGCGACGGGGCGAGGUAAAAGCACUAUCGAAAGUACAUCGUGACAAGGAUGAAAUGAUACGAAUUAAACGUGAGGUCGCUUCAUCCAUAGUGGAGAAAGGUGUUCAUGAGCGUGUUCGACUGACAAAAGUAUAUGAGAAGAGACGUGAAGAACUUGAGCGGCAGCAUGAGGAGGUCCGCCUCAGGCUUGAGGAGAGAAAGAAUAAGGCCCUGGCAGACUUAAAUCGCAUGCAUGAAGACCAUGUUGCGAAGAUGGAAGAGGAUUUGCAACAUCAACACCAACACACCCAGCCAGCAACAGCAGCUGGAGGCGCAGCAGCAACAACAAGCACAGAACAUGUCACACAAUGAGAUUGAGCAGGAUAAUGCAACAAACCAAAGAUUUUUGUGUAUCCUCACUUCCAAGUAUGGAUAAUGGGGAAGAGCCUUCAUGUGGAAUGAGUGGUGACAAGACCUUUGUGGGGUUUGCAGGUUGAUAUUAAAAUGGCUGAAACCUCUGUGGUCAACAUUAUUUAAGUGGCAGGAAAAAAUGAAGUUGAAGCACCAAUGGUUGCAUGAGGAACAACUCUGGAAGGUGAGUCCUCAAAUGAACAUUUGCCUCAUUCCAACCUAACUCAAAAUACCAAGAAUCUGCUGUACAUGUUAGGACAAUCACUAGAUAGGUAUACUGAUCCAUACUGUAUAGUGUAUGUAGGGUGUAACAGAGGAGCUUUCUACUUUGGAGAGUAUGCAAUCAGGGUAAUCAAAAUACAAUUCUAUGUGAUACGUCUCUCUCUCUCUCUCUCUCUAAUUUAUUUUAUUGGAUUUGAUUUUGUAGGUUAGAAUUUUUUUUAACCUAACCUUCUACAAAUGCCUAAUCCAAAUAUGGAAUGGCUUCUAUUGUGAUAACUUAUCAGCUAAACCAUAACCUUAUAUGUUGCAAAGGGUGAAAUAAAGUUGUGAACGAGAGGCUUCAGAUUUCUCCUCUUAUGUACCAUAUACAGGGUGU